AUGGACGCCCGGCCACCUCCAGGAAUGGCGAUGGGAGUCCAGGUCGAAACGGUCUCCCCACCAGAGCUCUACCAGGUUUUGACCGAUGCCUGUUCGCACAACCAACCUCAGAUCCAGGCUGCUGGAAAAAGACUGAAAGAGAUGCUCGAGAUGUUUGGCACAUAUAAUGAGCUUCACAAAAUUGCAGCGCAGCGUACAGUUCCUCUGGCGAUCCGACAACAAGCCAUUAUCCAAUUCAAAUUAGCUGCAUUGGCCCAUUGGAAGUCUCGCAAACUCCUGAAUGACACACACCGCGUCGAGAUUAGGAAUCGGUGCCUGAGCUUCCUUGACGAACCUGACGAUUCGAUUGCCGGAUUCAAUACUGUCAUUGUAGCCAAGCUCGCGCGAUACGAUUUUCCUGCGAAUUGGCAAGUAUUCCUUACAUCCGGCACCAUUAGAUCAGCGAGCUCACCGUCGACUGUGUUAUUCAGGCCUACUUUGAUCAAUGACCUCGUCUCCACGAUUGAUAACAGCCUGCAGCAACGAUACCAAGCACAGUCUACAGAUCCUCAGACUACUCUCUUACUGAAACGAAGUCUCAAACUCGUGAAUGGGAUUUUGAAAGAGCUGGCAAGCGUGAAGAUGCUAAAUGGCGUCAAGACCAUGGCCUCGGUUGUGCAACAGUUACGACAAAUAUUCGUCGGAUAUUAUACGACUAUUGCCACGCGGUUUACCCCAGAAGCCUUAGCUUCCAGCCCAGACCCAGCUAGAUUGUGCGAAGAUAUGCUUAUCGGCCACUUGGUUUUCAAAUGCAUCGCGAAAAUGGGCAUUUGGAUCUGGAACAGGAUUGACAAACAGUCCGCUGAGGAACAUCAAGCCAAUAAAACCUGGGUCACUGAGUUGGUGGGCUUCUCCGCACAACAAGUCAAAAGUAUUACGUCUGUCAGGAAGACUCUUCUCAAUGCUCGAGAACAGAACCCUGCGCUGAAAGCCUACGAACCUGCGAUCGUGAUCCUCACAAAACACCUUUUAACGUUCGGAAAGCUCUUUCGCCGGAUACAACAACUGGGACAUCAACGCUUUGCCGAACUUCCCCCGUGUGCAGAUCUGGUUUUGUUUUACUGGUCCGAAAUAGUUGCUGCCACUAACGCUCCAUCUACGGCAAUCUCAGACGAACCGGACGCUAUCUACCCUCUCCGCUUCUUGGUUCAAGGAAUGGUGUUGUUCAAAGAGAACCUUGCUCAGUGGUCGGUUACAAGGCGAGAUGGGACAGCAAACAAGAACUCGCUUUCCAAAGAGUUUGUCGAGAACGCGGUUCAAUUGCUUGUGGGCCGCUUUAUGCCACUCAAUCCAACCGACCUCGAGAAAUGGAUGGCGGACCCUGAGGAAUGGCUAAACGAGGAGGACCGAGAAAACGACCAAUGGGAGUAUGAGAUUCGUGCAUGUAGUGAGCGGGUCCUCGUGCAACUCUCUAACCAAUUCUCGGACUGGGUAACCCCUCUUUUACUGAGUACAUUCAACAGCGUCGUCACAUCUCAACCGUCCGAUGACCUCAACGCCAUCCUGCAGAGAGAAGCCCUGUACUGUGCGAUUGGGAGAUGUGCCAUUCGUUUGAAGGAUUCACUUCCAUUCAAUGAAUGGGUUGAACACUCUUUGGCUGCAGAAGCCCGUUCACAAAAUCCAACUUACCCUAUCAUCAAGCGAAGGAUAUCUUGGGUGAUUGGGAAAUGGGUAUCGGAACAGUGUACUUCGCCCAACAAUCCAAGGAUAUGGGAGAUCCUUGUGCACUUGUUGAAGGAUCGAGGCCCGGGCUCAGACACUGUAGUCCGUCUUACCGCUGCAACUGGUUUACGGGAAUGCAUAGACACUCUCGAAUUUUCUGCGGACCUCUUCUCCCCAUAUCUCGCCGAUGCAGUCACGGAGCUGGUGCGACUUAUCGACGAAACAGACACUUCGGAUAGCAAACGAAGGAUCAGUCCUUUCAUGAUGGCCAUUGCUGCGCCAUUGCCUAAGAUUUGGACCGACGCCGGCGAUGAUUGGCUUUUGAAGGGCACACUUCUAACCAUGGUCGCCAAGCUUGUUGAAGCCGUGCGCGAGCAAUCUAUGGCGUUGAACGGACUGACCAUCCCCCUCAUCCGUGAGGCACUUUCCGACGGGGUGAUGACGCAUCUGGAUGAAGACGGAUUACAAUUGUGGCUUAACACUGUUCGAAAUGCUACGUCAGUCACAAGUCCGACAGGAGGGCCUAGUUUACUGGAGCUUUUCCCUCGGGCAUUGUACCUGCUCGCGACCAAUCUCGACUUGCUCGGAAAGGUUGUGGGCAUUGUGGAGGGGUACUUCUUGCUGGACGGACCUGCUCUGCUCCAGGCUUCAGCUGGCGAGAUCUUCCAGUCCUUCUUGACCGCCUUUCAGAGCAAAGCUAUGAGCAUAAAUAUGAGGGAUAUGCUUACGUCGUUGGAGAUUUUGGUUCAGUUAUCUCCAUCCGCACUCUGGGGAGAACCUCUGCACGCAUCCGGUCUGUUUGCCCAUCUUCUGAGCACACUAAUUGAAGGCGAGGCCGCUACGCAUCUCCUGACAGCAAUCCUAUUCCUAUUCUCCCGGAUCGUCAUGGCCGAUAAGCGCAUGUUCCUCCAACUUAUGUCUGCCACUGCAGGUGUGCUCGGCCGCGAAGAACUUAAACUUUAUGAUGGCCUGCUUGACCAAUGGUGGGGCAAAUUUGACAAUUUGAGCGAACCUCGGCAUCGCAAGCUCGUGGCUAUGGGCAUCUCCGCACUGGUCUCGACUGGCCAUCCCGAGGUGCUCAAACGGUUGUCUGGGGAGAUCUUCAAUUUAUGGUUGGAUGUCUUCGGCGAGAUCAAGGAGACGCUGGAAACGCAUGGACAGGAUCCAACAAGCUUAGACAUGGUCUCCCCCACCAACCUCCGUCGCCAUUGGGAAUUGGACGAAGCUCCGACCGAAUACUAUCAAGAUUCGGAGGGAACUGUGGAAUAUGACAGGCGCAAAGCGCUAUACGAAAGAGACCCCGUUCGCAGCGUUCAUCUCAACGCUUACGUUGCCACUCAGCUCCGAGAGGCAGAAGCCACAGCGGGCCCUUCAUUCCAACAAUACCUGAACGAUGCGGACCCUACAGUGCUCAAACAAAUUCAAGACGAACUUGCCAAUCGGUAA